AGAAACGCACCUGAGAAUCAUGUGACAACGAGUGAAGCCAUUGCAGCCAUUUUGGAAACUGGAGAGGGAGCUCCUCUCACGAAUAUUAUAAAUAAAUAAAUAAAUAAAUAACCAGCUUAGUUCUAUUUCAAAUUGUUCAUUUGUUGAUAUUUUGAUUCUCGUGCAACGAUGGUCCAGUCGUGCUCCGCAUACGGAUGUAAAAACAGAUAUCACAAAGACAAAAACAUUUCUUUUCACAAGUUUCCUCUUGCACGCCCCGACGUUUGUGAAAAAUGGGUUUCAGCAAUGAGAAGAAAUAACUUCAAGCCCACGAAGUACAGCAAUAUCUGUUCACAGCAUUUCACAAAAGACUGCUUCAAACGAGAGUGCAACAACAGAGUACUGAAAGAAAAUGCAGUGCCCUCAGUCUUCUAUUUUAGCACAGCAAGUGAGAAGGAAAAAGCACAAGAACCUCAGGAACCGCCCUCACCAGAACCACCCUCUGUCCCGGAGCAGCAGCAGCAGGAGCAGCCCCACCCCCAGCUCCAGCCCCAGCAUAUGGUUCAGGUGGUGAUGCACCCACUGCUCUCCAGCCAGUCUAUCUCCUGCGAUCACAACUACACUGUGGAGGACACAGUGCAGCAGAAGAAGAGGAUCCAGCAGCUAGAGGAGCAGGUAGAAAAGCUGCGCAAAAAGCUCAAGACCGUGCAGCAGAAAUGCAGGCGCCAGGAGAGGCAGCUGGAGAAAAUUAAGGCCAUCCGUGACUUUCAAAAGGACAAAGAUGCAGUGUCUGGAGAGAGCUACGUGAUCCUCCCAACUGAGUUGUAUGAAGUCCUCAAAGGCAUAGAAUCCAUGGAAAGCUUGUAAAAAUGUUCAUUAUUUACACAGCCAAGAGGCAUAUAUCAUCUGCAAUGUCUUUCAUUAAUCCAGGAUUUUAAAUGGAUUUACAACCAACUAAGUGUACCUUGCUUCACAUAUAGUAAAAGCCUGCCAUCAUUUGUUUAACCCUGGUUGUUUACACUUAUUGCCAGAUUAAAACUUACGUGUUUUAGAUUUACACAAAAAAAGAGGGAAUGCAGAUGGAUGGUGUUAGCUUUUCCUUCAGCACUGCUUGAUCUAAACAGUUAGAGAAUACAUCAUUUUUUUGGUGGUCAUGAUUGUUUUGAUAAUUUUCUAAUGUGACACUGCUCCCAACAUAAUACAGUUAUCCACAGUGAUUUUCUAGUUUUUUGUGUUGUGAAUAACACGUUUCCUUGUGUUUGGGAAAACUUGUAUCCAUACAAUAGUGGUGGUUGCCAGGUGGCUUUUACUGUAACCUCGUACAUGUAGAAUUGGAUGUUCAUGACACAACAAGUUCCCUCUGCAACUUGCUACAAUACCUCCCAAAACUGUUUAGGCCUGUACUUGGAAUAGAAUAGUUACACAAAUGACACAUCAUUAAUUAUAUUGAUGCUGAACAUACACAGACAUGUUGUGGUCCAUUUUAAAGCUCUAAACAGGUGGUUCUGAAAUUGAAAAAGUGAAAGACAUCUUAUCUGAAUGAACCUAGUGUUCGAGUAGGAUUACUUAUGAUCCUAUGAUAAAAUAUGCAAAUGUAUACAGAGCAUUGCAAAAGUAAGUUACAAUAUGCGUGUGUGUGUCCUUGAUGAUAUGCUAGUUAAAUCUGGAUGAAUUGAUAACCUGUUGAAACACAUACUUGUUAUACUUUUUCUGUGAUACUGUAUUUUAAAGUUUUUGUUAUAAAGUCAAUUCCUAAAUAUUAUUUACAGCUUUAUUACUUUGAUGUGAUAGUGGUUUUUUUUUUCUUCUUUUUUUUAAUCUAAAAAAAACCCACAGCAUUUUCAUUAUUUUCAAUAGGAGCAGAUAUGUUCAUUAAAGCUUUAUUAUUAAACUAAAGACAAAAAAUCAUGUGAUCUUAAGAAAGGGACAUGCUUGUUAGCAAGUCAGAUUUUGUUGUAAAUGUAAAUGCAUAUUAUUGAAAACAGAUCGAGAGAAAAGGCCAACAUGAUGAAGCCUCUUUGUUUUCUUUGCACUAUUGUUUGUUUAUUAAAACAUUUAAAUAAGACAGGAUAACAUUAUGUAUUUAAUGAAUGUAUCUGAAGCUUAAUAUUAAAUGCAUGUUGGUGGCCUCCCUUCAACGUUGUUUAAAUGUU